AUGCUUAAUCAUCUAAAAUCACGCUCAACCAUAGCCACAUCAAAACCAAACUAUCAAGAAAACAGACCACCGAACAUCGCAAACCAACUAAUCGAAACAGCAACCAUCCAACAACAACCCCAACUAUCAUCACCAUCAGCCACCCAACUGCAGCAUAACCACCAACCAUCAACAAAUUCCAUACACCAAAACCAACAAUCAUCAACCGAGAAACAGAAGAACAAUAUCAUGUUAUCACCAGCCGAACAUCAACAACCGAACCACGCAUCAUCAUCAUCAGCCACCCAUCAACAACCGAACCACCAAUCAUCGCCAGAAAAUCAUAAACAGAACCAACAACCAUCAUCCAAUACAGCAAACAAGCCGAACCAUCAAUCAACACUAGCAAAACAACAACAACCGAACCACCCACCAUCAACCGACAUCCAACAACAGCAGCAUAAUGACCCAGUUUCAUCCGACCAACAUCAGCAACCAUAUCAACCAAAUCCAUCCAUACAUCAGAAGCAUAACGACCCAGUUUCAUCCGACCAACAUCAGCAAUCAUACCAACCAAAUCCAUCCAUACACCAGCAGCAUAGUCACCAAUUAACACCAGUCAGCCAAGAACGACAGAAUCAGCAAACACCGUCUAUCAACCAGCAACAAUCCAGCAUAAACAUCGAACCGGCAUCCGUAAACACAACAUCCACAAUCACUCAGCCAACACAAUCCGGAACAUCCAUCGAUUUCAGCUACCGCACUUUAUCAUACAUACCAUCGCUCACAGCCAAAAUAAUCAGAGACCUGAAAAAAGAAUUUUUAAAUGUUAAAUUCGCCCAAAAAACGAUCAACAACGUCGGAAAACUCUUUCCGAUCGUCAAAGAUCCCAUAUUGCCGGCUCAGCAGUCAAAGAUCAUCUACAGCAUUCCAUGUUGUGACUGCGAGAAGGUGUACAUCGGAAUGAGCACCAAUACACUCACAAAGAGGAUGUACGGUCACAAAUCAGAUGUCAACCGAUAUGAAAAAGUAUUGACAACCGGAGUUACCAACACAGCGGAAAUCAAGAAGAAGCUCGGAGAUACUACAGCUAUGACUGAUCACGUUAUCAACACGCAACAUCGAUUCGACCACAACAGAGCCAAAAUCAUAGACAGAGCGCAAUACACAUCAACAUUGCGGAUAUUGGAGAUGUGUCAUAUCACCAAUACCACAAAUACCGUAAACUAUAGGACCGAUACAGCUAGCUUAAGUGCAACAUACACAGGCAUACUACAAUCCGUAAAACCCAAACAACCAUCCAUCAAUAGCAAUAGUAUAAAUAAUAACCAAAACUCACACAUCACAACGAUUCCAAUCCCACUUACCAACUCAGAAAGCUCAACCUCCAACAAUACCCACACAUUCCACAUAACACAAUAUCCAUAA